ACCUUUCUCAGGUUCCCGGGUCCAAGAGCACAGAUGUAGCUGCUUUACUUUCAAACUCAUUGCCUGGUGAGUGGGGGCAAGUCUGGAAGACUCCCUGUAAGAGGGGGUGCCUGGGGGGGCCAUCUAGGCAGAGGGGUCCAAGGAGCACCAGUACAGAAUCGUGCCCGCCCCUCCGUAGACAGCAGCUCUGGACAGAGUGAAGACCGAGGAGUGGAUGGACAUGAGAUCCUCCACUGAAGCCCUGCCCCCCACCCCCAACAGAACCCAGGGAGAGAGGGAUUGGGGACGGUCCCCAGUCAGUCAGAGUGGUUUUAAACCGGAAAUGAUUGAUAUCACCGUAUCUGGUGACUUUACCUGGAGGUGGCUCAUGGAGGGUGUAGCCCGUUACUGGACCGCUGGGCACCCUCAGGUGUAGACGCAAACUAUCCAAUACAUACAUAGGGUUACAGGGACUGGGACGCCGCCUUCCUGGGGUUGGGAUCCUGGCGGAGACAGGCAAGAAACAAGAUAAACCCGCGAAACAGAAACGUGUGGAGCGCUGGGUGGCGAUGCGUGCAGGGGAGGGGGUGAGAUCUGUCAGUGAGGGUGGACAGGCGGGUCCCUGAAGGUUACAGGGCUGUCCUUGACGGAGGACGAGCGCCAAGACCUGAGGAAGACAGGGAGGGAGCCCCCAUCAUGAAUUCCCCUCCAGCUCCCCGCGCCGCCCCGCAGUUUUCGUUGCCCGAGGCAGCUCAGGAGCUCACGCAGGUUAGCUGGGAGCGCGCCCUGCUGGCCACAGGCCCCACCCUCGCGCCGCGACCGGCAGGUGCGGCCCGCAGGUGCGCCGGCCCCGCCCCGCAGGUGCGGCGUCCCGGGGGCGGGGCCACUUCCGGGACGGCCGCCGGACGUGGCGGGGCGUGGAGUGGGGGGUCGGCCGUUGACCCGGUGACCGCGGCGCUGCCGAGGCCGGAGGCGACUCCCCGCGCCCCGCGCCCUCUCCCGGGCCAUGGCCCCGCGGCCGCCCCGCGCCCAGCUCGGUCCCCCGCCCGCCCGGGACUGACGGAGCCCGGCCGCCAUGAGUGCCAACCCGCAGUGGGACAUCAGCAGGGCGCUAGGAGUGGCCAAGCUCUUCCACCUGGUGUGCGGGGUCCGGGACGCCUGCGUGACUCCGUUCCUGACCCUCUACCUGAGGCAGCUGGGCUUGGCCGCGCCCUGGGUGGGCAUCCUGAUGGGGACCAAGCACCUGAUCGCCGCCUUCUGGGGUCCCUUCUGUGCCUUCCUGGCCAAAAGCUACCAGAAGAGGAGGGUGCUUCUGAUGGGCUCGCUGCUCGGCUCGGUGGGGGCCAGCAUGGUGAUGGUCCUCGUGCCGCCGCUGCACGAAGUUCUGGGGUACCGCUCCUGUAACGCCAGCGACGGGGCCACCCCCACCGCUCCGCGGCCUGGGGCCGCAGGAACUGUGACUGUCACCUCGGCCCCACAGCCCCAGCCCGCCUCCAGCCAUGCGGCAGGGUCGCCCAGCCCCUCAGGCGAGAGCCGCACCGGGACAGUGGACCCCGCUGGCUUCAGAAAGGCACCUGUGGGAAACGUCCACGAAUCGGCCGGAGGGCCACCUGGCUACGCCAGGACCACGUCCCCAGCUCUCCAUCCUGUCACUGCAGGGGUGAAGGCUACUCCUGGGGAAGGGGCUUUUAACGCGGGCAGGACAGUCCUCCCUUUGCUGGCUGGUGGUCCAGCCAACUUGUCAGCAGCUCAGGGGAGUGCCCGGGGCCUUGACCUCUCCUUGGAAGGCUUGCGCUGGACUUUCCUCCUCUCCCUGGUCUCCCUGGUGUUCUGGGAGCUGCUGACAGCCCCUCUGGAGCAGGUGGCCGACGACAGCCUUUAUGAAUACUUGGAUUUUGUGGACGCCACUGACCACUACAGAAGCCUCUGGAUCUGGAGGCCGCUGGGCAUGUCGGCCGGUGUGUGCGGCGUCACAGCCUUGGUGGGGCAGCUGGAAUGUGUCCUGAUGACAAAUGGCCCCCGGGGUGUGUUGCAUUUCUAUGGCUACUCGCUGGUCAGCACCCUGGCUUUACUGGUGAGCAUCUCCUUUCCCGUCCCCAUCUGCAGGCGGCGGGAGCCCAGCUACAAGACCGUCAAAGCGCUGUCCCUCGUGGGCGGCGCCCCGCGGCUCAUUGUCCUAGCCCUCACCGUGUUUCUGGUAGGCGCGGCCACCAGCGCGGUGCAGAACUUUCUAUUCUGGCACAUGGAAGACCACGGGAGCGGCGAGCUGGUGAUGGGUUUCUCGGUGGCCCUGGGCUCGCUGGGAGAGAUUCUACUCCAUCCGUUCAAAGCGACACUGCUUAGGAAGCUGUCAAGGGUGGGCACGGUGGGGCUGGGGCUGGGCUGUCUGGCAGCCCAGCUCCUCUACUACUCCUUCCUCUGGAGCUGGUGGUCGGUCCUCCCUGCGCAGAUCUUGAACGCCGUCAGCAGCGGGGCCCUGUGGUGGGCCGUGAAGGCCUCCGUCGAGGACCUGGCCACUCCCGGGACGGCGAGACCUCUGGGUGCGAUGUUCCAAGGCCACAUUUCCGGGGGAGGGUCCAGCCUGGGCAGCGUUGUGGGGGGCUUCGUGGUGAUGUCCUUCAGCCUGGCCGUGCUCUAUCAGGCCUGCUGCGUGGUCCUAUUACUCUGGCUGGCCCUGUUCCUGUCCAUUCAGCCCCGACUGCCCCAGGAGCAGACAAUCAACUACUCGAAACUGCUGGUCAUGGAGGCCAGCGACACGAGUGACUCUGAGCAGGGGACGGAGCGGGACUGGCUGGUGAAUGCCAUGAGGGAGGAGGACUCAGAAUAGAAGGGCGGAGACAAGGUCAAGCUGAACCAACCUGGGAAGUCACCCAAGGGUCUGGACAAGAG